GAGGAUGCAGAAUCUGGUCUGACUGGUCUCAAUGAAGAGCUCUGGGUAUUCAGGAGCACCCACUGAUCAACACUCCGGGCUACAAGAAACAUUUGUAUUUCUUUGCAGGAAGGGAGAUUAAAAUGAGGACUCUCUAUCCGCUGGUUAUCCUGUUGCUGGUGGUGCAGGUGGUCGCGGCCCUGAGAGAGCGGCCAAAGAGAGCGGCUCAGAGACACACAGACCAGCAUGUAGAUACACUAGACGGCCUCCGUCCACUACGACGUUCAAAGAGAAGAUGGGUCCUGACGACCAUAGUCCUGGAAGAGAACGACCAUGGACCCUUUCCAAAAUAUGCUGGAGAUCUCUUCAAUGACAGAUCUGAAAACUACUCCAUCCGGUAUCUCAUCAGCGGGCCUGGAGUGGAUGAACCUCCAGAAAUUGGUCUGUUCCAUAUGAAUGAUCAAAACGGUCAGGUCUUUGUGAACCGUCCUAUUGACAGAGAGAAGACACCCCUGUUUGUUAUUCGCUUUGAUGCUGCAGAGAGAGCAACUGGGACCAUUGUGGACAAGUCACUUAUCUUUAAUGUGGAAAUAAAGGAUCUAAAUGACAAUGCUCCGGUAUUUGAUAAAAAAAAUUAUGAAGUUACGGUAAAAGAAACUGCAAAUCUGGAUAAUCCCAUCUUUCAAGUCACGGCAAUGGAUUACGACAAGGAAAACACCUUAAAUUCUAAAGUUACCUAUUAUAUGGUUAAUCAGAUACCUGACAUUCCUAAUGUGAAAUUUAGUAUCGAUCCAGACAAUGGAUUAAUUCGUGUAAAAGGCUGCUUGAAUUUUCAGAGUGCAAGCAUCAUGAGGCUCAUUGUAGGUGCUCGUGACAAUGCAGCUGAACCCCUGGCAAGCACAUCUACCAUUAUCAUCCGUUUGGAAGAUGGGAAUAAUAAUAUGCCUGAGUUCAAAACUGACAAGUUGGAGCUCUCAGUUCAUGAGGGAGAAGUCAAAAAUAAUGUGCUGCGGUUAAAAGUAGAAGACAAGGAUACAAGAAAUACACCGGCUUGGAGAGCCAAGUACAAGAUAUUAUCUGGAAAUGAGAGCGGAAAUUACAACCUGACGACAGAUCCGGAAACAAAUGAAGGAAUUCUUGAUAUCAUAAAGCCUCUGGAUUUUGAAGGAACUCCCACGAAAACAGUUGUCAUAUCGGUUGAGAAUGAAGAACCAUUAUUCUCAUGUCAAAAUAACCAACUCAGGAUGGACAGGACAAACGAUUUGAGCAAAGUAACCAUCAGCAUUACUGUCAUAGACUCAAAUGAUGCUCCAGUUUUCUAUCCUCAAAUGAAAACAAUCAGAGAAAAAGAAGGUGUGAAGCCAGGCACGGUCCUGGGAGCGGUUAAUGCAAGUGAUCCUGAUAGGGUGCCAAAUAAAAUCAGGUAUAAAAUAGUUGAAGACCCUGCUGGUUGGUUUACUGUGGAUGAAAAUACGGGAGUCCUGAAAACAGUUGAAGAGCUGGACAGAGAAUCUCCUUAUGUUAACCAGACUCAAUACAAAGUGGUUCUUCAUGCUAUAGAUGAUGGUAACCCUCCAGCAACUGGUACGGGCACUGUUCUCAUCCACCUGUCAGAUGUCAAUGACAACACUCCUCAGUUGGUCAGGUCGUACAUGCAGAGAUGUGAACAGCAAAACACAAUGCCAUUCAUUGUUGAGGCUGCAGACAAAGAUCUGGAUCCAUACGCUGGACCAUUUACAUUUAAAUUUCCAGCAGAUCAUUCCAGAAGCUUGAAGGAAACCUGGGAUGUCAAACAGAAGUCUGACAGAUCUGCUGAAAUUUCAACAGCGCAAAACCUUGCUAGGGGGAACUACACCAUACCCCUGCAAAUUUCUGACAGACAGGGGUCUUACAGCCAACAAGUCCUCAGUUUAACGGUGUGCAACUGUCCAGAUGGAGAGAAUUGUGAAAGGUUGGACCCAGCCUCACACCAAUUGGGCGGUGGGGCUGUUGGGGCCAUAAUUGGGACUCUGCUCUUUUUCCUAUUGGCAUUAUGUUUACUUCUGUUAUUUAUCUGUGGCUCCGGUGGAAAGAAACAUCAUAAUAUCGCUGGAAAUGAGGACGGCAAUCAAACCUUGAUCCAGUAUAAUGAGGAGGGGGGAAGCGCUCUAUCUCAGGCUUCCCCGGCUGUCCUCAUGGCUAAUGGAAAUGGACAUGUUGAGACAAAGGAUAAAGAAGCAGUUGGACAAUCCCACUCAAGUGUAUUCACAAGGCCUCAGUAUCCGUCUUGGGAUGCAGAUGCAGUUGGGCGAACCCCCACAACACGGGCAAAGUUCUCUUCCUGGGAAACAAAUGGCGCAGGACCUGUAGGAUCUGCCUCUAGGCACACAGGACAAAAUCAGACCUGGGUACAGGGAAACCAGGCCAUACAGAGUCAGAAUGGCACAUGGCAUCAGAAUAACAAACACAUGAAGAAUGGCUUAUUUAAGAACAGACAGGAAAACACAUUUGUAGAAAAAAUUGGAGAAAUGCUCAGUCGGAGACUUCAGGGCAUCAAUGAAGAUGACGAAAUAAUCACAUACAAGCCUCGCACAUACGCCUACGAAGGAGAACUAGAGCGCAUUGACUCAAUGGAAUCCAUUAUCUUCUCUGACUACAACUUGGACUUCAGCUUCCUGGAUGAUUUUGACCCAAAGUUUUCCAGACUAGAAGAGAUCUGCAAGCAGUAAGACUGUGCGGACUAUGGACUCUUUCCACUCUGCCUGCUAUUGCACUGAGAAAUUCUGGGGAAUGUAUCUGAAAAGGAUCGCACAAAGGCUUAUUAAGUGGGAGGCUGAGGGGAAUUAUGCUUUGCUGCAGACGCUUUAUUAUACGUGUAUUGUACUAUUUCUUUUUAGCACAAAAAUGAUGAGGGGGAUGAAUGGGGAAAUGAGACAGUCCUUGGUCACUAAGUGGUAGACUGCUGAGGUUGACUGCUGAGAAUAUCUCUGGACAGGCUGCUGGGAUGAUUGCACAGGCAGGAGCUAUGGAAAUACAAUGCCACGGCUCAUUUCUAGACAAGGUAGACUGAUUACUUACAUAGUGUAGAUGACUGGAAGAUGGCUAAUGAGGAGUCCCUGCAAUGAACAUUCAGACUGACCACCGCUGAUCUUCCCUACUGAAAUACCUUACAUAUCCUUCAAGAAUUGGCAACAGGGACAAACAGGACUGUGCUUAACUCAGGAAGACAUGCAAAGAGGCCAGCCGUGUAUGAAAUCUACGGUAAUGGGGCUCUUCAUCUGGACUCUAUGCAUGGUGCAAACACAAGCUGAAUGUGUAUGAUAUAUGUAGUAUGAAUGCAUAAAUUAAUACCGAUAUAAGACCAACGUUGACUCCCAUGCCAAAACUACAAUGAGUCAAUACAACACAUGUUGCGGCAAUAUAAAGGGGGUCAACUGUUAGAAAGUACAGAAAAGUACCAGCUCCCUUAACAAAACAACGACCUACAAGAAGCGAAGCC